CCUGCUCACCACCUUCCUGGAUGCUGGAGGGCCACCAAAAAUGGCUCCCAACCCAAUGCUUAAGAGGCCGGGCCUGCGCAUCUCCAGCGAUACAUUCCGUUUGUCGAAAGGAUUGCGAAUCUAUCGCCUACCAGCCUAUCCUGCUCCGACGACCGGAAUUGUCUCCCUUCUCUGCCCUCCUACGCUCAACUUACCGACUGCACCGGUCGUCAUCGCACGAAGAUGGCGCGUCACCCGCCGCAGACCUGACGACGAUUCGGACGGUUCGAACUCGGACUCUCCAGACGACGUGUCCUUGUCGGACGAGGAUGAGGGGUUCGAUGUCGAGGUCGAUGAUGCCGGUUAUGAGACCAGCCCGACAGACAUUGACGACGAAGAAAGCAACGAUACCGGUGACCUUGGCGACGAUUGUGACGACUUUGAUAUAGAAGACCAGGUGCAGCCGUUCGACGGAAAUCUACAUCCUCGAGAGUACUACCUCAAGCAACUGAAAGAGUUCAACAAGGCCGCCUUCGAUGAUGAAGAUUACAGUGAGGGGAGUACCAUACUUCUCGAUGGAAUAGAAGAGCUGUGGAAUAAGUAUUGCGCGUGGUUCGAGUACGACCCGCAGGAAUCCUUCGAGUCCAACUUCUUCGACUGGCUGCUGGGCCAGAAGGCCGGCAAGAAUGGCAGGAAGAAGCGGGGAACGAAGAAGAGCAGCUCACUCGGGACGAACUGGAAGGUGUACCGGCUCGUCUACGAGAAGGCCACCGGCGCGAAGCUCGAUGCGAAACUGAAUCGGAACAUGCACAGGCUCGCCAAAAAGCAUGGGCUGAGCGACCAGAAGCGCGAGAACAGGUGCAUGACGGUCGAGGACCUUAAGCAACAAGUCGAGACGACGCUGGGCACGACGGAGAAGUCCUUCUCCCUGGGAGAGCUCCGAAUUCUCUGCGUCCUGUUCCUCCUACUGCUCGCUGCUACCGGCGCUCGCCCUGCCUCGGUGCUCAAACUCCACUACCGAGAUAUCCGAGUCGUACUGGCCCGAGACCUAGAGGGCGGUCCGCAUAAAGUCCUAAUUACGUUCACGCUGGAGUUCACCAAGACUUAUCUUGGUACUAAAGAUGCGAAGACCGUGACCCUCCCUGAAGUCAUGUUCGACGACUCCCUUAUGCUCAGCCCCCACGUCUUCCUCGAAGGUAUCCUCUUUAGGCAUCGGGCCUUCGAAGCACCGAGUCUGACCCGCCCUGAUGCAGUAAGCAGGCUCAACAUCCACCCGGGCGAGUGGGAGUUACCUUUGCCGCUCAAAGCAAGCAUGGAUGAUGUCUAUAUCUUCCGUCGAGCCGUCAAGACGCUGGUCGGAUACGACAUGUCCCCAACCGAGCCCAUCAGUCCUGCAACGAUCGCUGGGUGGGUAAGAAGAGUUGGCGAGGUCACAGGGUUCGAGGUCCCGACGAUUCCAUACAACCUACGAUAUAAUGCUGCCAAUGUGUUUGAUAGAAGCAGUAAUGUGAGCGACGCAACCAGAAAUCUCAUGCUGGACCACGCGAACUCGAAUCCGUUCCAGAGGCACUACCUCGGGCACCAACUUGCGGUCGACCCUAUCGGCCAUUCCAUCAGCAAACGACGCCCCGUGAAUCUGACGAUAGAUCAGGCAGCAUCCGUCAAUUCCCACCCUGGUAUCAAGAAGCUAGCCUGCAAGGUCAAGGAGUUACGCCAACAAGCAAAAAUCUCACAACAGUGGACCAACAAACAGGCAGUGAUCGACAUUGAGAACCAGCUUGCCGGGCUUGGCUUCGUUGAGGAACGGGCCAUCCGGAAGUCUAACCGUCCGAGACGCCCAGCCCAGAAACGGCUAAUGGACGCACUCACGGCUCCGGUCGAAAACACAGUCGAGGGCCAACACCGGCGAAGAGAUGUUGCCAUCUACGCCGUGAUGGCCUAUUGCGUCGUGGUGGAAGGGCCGGCUGUACGGCGCCCCAACACUUCCGGGGCGGGGACGAUGCAGCGGUCUUCCGUCAAGAAUGAGCCUCGAGAAGACGGUCGUUAUGCAGAAGACGGGCGUCAUGCGGCUGUGUUGUCUGUCUUCAUAGCAAGUAAGGAGGAGAGGCCGAGGAGAUGCUUCCUUUGCGUAGGCCUAGCGCUCCGCUUGGAACCGGAUGACCCUUGCAUCGAAGAACUCACGCACGAAUUCUACAGUGCCGGCGACGUAAGUAAGCACUUCCGACGGAAGCACUGA